GGCAGAGGAAGAGCAAAGGUCGAACCCGGGGCGGGGCGGGGCGGGGGCGCCCCGGCCCUUGCAGGACCUUGGCCAGAGACCGCGGGGCCCCGGGCGCCCAGGUCGGCUCUGCUGCGGACCCUGCUGGCUGGCGAGGCCGGGCUGGGCCUCUUCGCCGUCCGGCUCUCCGACUCCGGUGCUCUCCUGCCCAUCGCCGGGCUCCUCUUCUCUCACCCAAGAUCCUGGCCUUUGGAGAAGAGCUGAGCUGACCUCCUAGGGCCAGGGGAGUCAAGCCAGAGACCACAGCCCUGAUCCCUGGACAGCACAGGCCAGGUGGGGCUGGGCUGGGCCAUGGCGGGCACCCCACUCCUGCAUGGGGAGUUUGGCUCCUAUCCAGCCCGAGGCCCCCGCUUUGCCCUGACACUCACCCCAGUGGCCUUGCAUGUACAGCGGCUGCGUCCUAGACCAGAGGCCUGGCCCCAGGGGGGCCUGGUCCCUCUGGCUGAGGUCUCUGGUUGUCGGACUUUGCGAAGCUGCUCCCCUAACGACUCUGCUGCUUACCUGUGUGUCUACACUUACCCACGGAGCCGGCGGGGUGGCCGCAGGCGGACGGCGCGGACCUUUCGGGCCGACCGGGCCUCUGACUACAAGGAGAAUUACGCAGAGGCCCAGCGAUGGGCCACUGCUGUCACCUGCCUACUUCGAGGAGUGCCCUUGCCUGGGGACCUUGAGAUUACUCCGGAGCUCCUGCCCAGGCCCCCCCGGCUGCUCCUAUUGGUCAAUCCCUUUGGGGGACGGGGCCUGGCCUGGCAGUGGUGUAAGAACCACGUGCUGCCCAUGAUUUCUGAAGCGGGGCUCUCCUUCAACCUCAUCCAGACAGAGCGGCAGAAUCACGCCAGGGAACUGGUGCAGGGGCUGCGUCUGAGCGAGUGGGAUGGGAUUGUCACCGUGUCUGGAGACGGCCUGUUGUAUGAGGUGGUGAACGGGCUCCUGGACCGGCCGGACUGGGAAGAAGCUGUGAAGAUUCCUGUGGGAGUCCUGCCCUGUGGCUCUGGCAACGCUCUGGCCGGAGCAGUCAACCAGCAUGGGGGGUUUGAGCCAGCAAUGGGUCUAGAUCUGUUGCUGAAUUGUUCCCUGCUCAUGUGCCGGGGUGGGGGCUCCCCACUGGACCUGCUCUCAGUGACCUUGGCCUCCGGAGCCCGCUGUUUCUCCUUCCUCUCUGUGGCGUGGGGCUUCGUAUCCGAUGUGGACAUUCAGAGUGAGCGUUUCCGGGUUCUGGGCUCUGCUCGCUUCACCCUUGGCACAGUGCUCCGACUGGCCUCCCUCCACGUCUACCCAGGCCGCCUCUCCUACCUCCCAGCCUCCUCCCCAGCCUCCAACGGCCCCCCAGCUCUGGUCCAGUCUCUUCCCCGAGCUGCCUCUGAACUGGCCCUGGCCCCAACUCUGGCUCCAGCCCCUUCACAAGGCACUCACUCACCCUUGCACCGCUCAGUGUCUGACCUACCUUUGACCCGAGGUGCAGACUUUCCCCUAGAGUCCCAGCCGGACCCCUCCCCCUCCCCACCUCAUUCCCCAGGGCCCAGCCUCCUCUCCCCUGAUCUUCCCCUCACUUCUGGGCCUGGCUCAGAUCCAGCCUCCAGCUCCUUGAUGGGUUCAGAGCCCCUAGCCUCCUGCAGUCCCCUGGUCUCUUCUGACUCCUCAGCCUUCCAUAAUCCCUUGGUCCAUUCUGGCCCUCCAGUCUCUUGCAGUCCCAUGGUCCCCUCUGAUCUCGAAGCCUCCCCUUGCCUCCCAGGGUCCUUAGACAUUCCGUGCUCUCUUGACUCUCCAGCCUCUGAAGAUCCUGGGGAACUUCUGGCCCCCAAUCUCUCCUCUUCCCCUCCCUGCCUGGAGCCUGGGGAGGGUCCUGCUUCCCCAUUAGCCCCCUCCAGUCUCUCACCCUCCCCCAACUCCCAGACCUCCCUGGAGCCUGGGGCUUCUCCUAUUUCAGAGUCACCAGCCCCUGGCACCCACCAUGGCCCCAAGGAUGACCUGUUGCCUCCCCUGGGCUCCCCACUGCCCCCAGGCUGGGUGACCCUAGAAGGAGACUUUGUGCUAAUCCUGGCCCAGUCACCAAGCCACCUGGGUGCUGACCUGGUGGCAGUCCCCAAUGCCCAGUUUGGGGAUGGGCUGGUGCACCUGUGCUGGGUUCGAGGAGGAGUUUCCAGAGCCUCCCUGCUCCGACUCUUUCUGGCCAUGGAGAGGGGAAGCCACUUUGGGCUGGGCUGUCCCCAGUUAGGCUACACUACAGCUCGAGCUUUUCGCCUAGAGCCACUCACCCACCACGGAAUCCUCACAGUGGAUGGGGAACAGGUGGAGUAUGGGCCACUCCAGGCCCAGAUCCACCCUGGCCUAGGAACCUUGCUUACAGGCCCCAAGGCCCAAGAACCCCAGCUGGCCGGUGGGGAGGCCUGGGGAUCCAAGUGUGGGAUACUCCCCUGGGGAGGAGGCAAAGCCUAGCCCUGGUAUCCUCCCUAGACUGGCUGGGGAAAAGAAGCCGAAUCUCCAGACCCAGCUUCAGCUCUGGGCCUGUUAGUUUGGGGGAAGGCCUGGCCAGGUGGAGCUAACAUCUCCACCAGUUCCCUGUCUGGGGCCAAAGCCCAGGCUUCUGCUGGAGGAUCGAGCUGUGCCUCUCCUCUCUCACCUCAGGGGAUGAGGCUGGACACCAGGGCUAGUCCCCAUAUUGGGACCAGGGCUGGAGAUGGGGUCUCCAGAGCAAGAUGGAUGCCUGAGGGCAGAGCCUUCCCCUCUUCGGCCCCAUGAUGGGACCCAGAAUAUGGGGGGGGGGGGCACCAGAUGGCAGGACUGCCUUCCCUGGGCCCCCAGAUCGGGGCUGCCCCUUCUGCCUCCUUUGCUCCUGGUGAGCAUCCCCCUUUUCUUUUGCACUAGGACCUCCUCCCUGAGGGGUGGGGCAUGCCAGGGACUCCUGGGGCCCCUGCCUCAGUUUCCCUCCCCUCCCCUAGUGGUCUUCAAGGCUACAGCCUCUAUGCAAUAAACAAUAACGACGCUUGCUUCA